GAAGCGGCGCGCGCUGCCUGUGCCGGGGGUGGCGCGGGUGGGAUCCGGGACACCGGGCGGUCCACGGAGGUUGGGGCGGGGGGAUCCCGGGCACCCUGCCCUCCCCUGCCCUCCGCCUUCCCUCCCAGGCGGCUGUGAACCCCCCCCAGCAGCGAUGGACCCCCCUUGGCUGCAGAGCUUUGACAAGCCGUGCCACCUCUUGCUCCACACACUUGCCUCUGGCUCCUCCGGGACGCUGGCUGCCCUCCGAAUGCUGCAGCGGGUCCCCAGGGGACCGGGGCAGGUGUUUCCCUGGCAGGCCUUCACCGCAGCCCUGUGCGCCGAGGAGCCCACGCUGGAGGGGCCGGAGGGAGCCCUGGCUGUCAAGCCGCGCCUGCUGCUGCUCCCCGUCAUGUGCCAGAGAAACCUCUUCUCCCUGCUCCUCGUGGUGCAAGACGUGGUGCCGGGGGGCUGCCUCGGCCGGCUGCUCCAGGCCGUGCAGCAGGAUUCCCAGGUGGAUCCCUGGGUGCGGACGCUGAGGGAUCUGCUCCGGCAGGGACUGAGGGGAGAGGAGCGCUCCCCACCUCCCGCUCCCUUGUCUUCUGCGUGCCGGCAGCAGAUUAGGUGCCUGUGCCAGAAAAUUGCCCAGAACAAACCAGAGGGGCGAAGGAAACUAAACUGGUGCUUCAGCAAGCAUCCCGGUGCGUCUGGGGACGUGGCUGACUCUGUGCUUCAAGAUGGGAAGCGCAAGAAAGCGUUGGAGGAGAGUCUGGAGUUGGAUGAGGAGAGAGAAGGGAAGAGAUUGCUGCUGGAGGAGGCGACGUUUGAGCCCCCGGGAACCCAGGAGGGUGGGAAUGUGGAUGCGGCAGAGGUGGAAGAGGAGACGCCUGGGGAGAUUUCGGGGGACAAAUCUGCUCAGAGCCCAGCCGGAGCUGCUCUGGAAAGCUCCCAGCAGGAUGCGGCCAGAGAUCCCAGGAAGAUUUCCCAGGCAGAGCAGGCAACGGAGGUCCAGUCCUUUCUCCAGGUGCAUGGACAGAGGCUGAAAGUGCUGCUGCAGAAGGAGUCCAACCACUCAGAGCUGAGCACUCCGCCUGAGCUGCACGUCCUGAACAACUCCUCUCCCGGCCAGCUCGAGGGGCUGUGCUCCUUUCUCCAGCUUUCCACAUGCCCGGAGCACCUCCUGGUGCGUUUCUGUGGCUGGCUGCUGGCUCUCACCCCUGACCUCAGCUACACCAGCGCAACCGUCCUGGCAGAGCAGCUCUUUCUCAGGCGAGUCCUGUCCCUCACCCAGCCGCCCUCCCGUCACCUCAUGGCUGCCCUCGCUUCAUUUUGCUCCAAGUAUUCCCAGCCCUUCUGUCGAGUCCUGGUGGCCACGGUCCUGCGGGAGCCGGGGGAAGGUUCUGAGCAGACCAAGCUGGUGUGUGAGCUCGUGGAGGAGUGCCUGGAGCCAGACUCUGUGAGGCUGGUUCUAAGCCAAGUCCUGGAGUUGCCUUUGUCAGAGAAGCUCCUGCCAGUAGUGCAGGCUGUGCUGGGGCGGCAGGAGGUGCUGCCCCCCGAGCUCUUCGAUCUCCUGGUCCUGACUCUGUGCCGGCAGGCCCCAGCCUUCGCCACGUCGCUGAAUUAUGCCAAGCUGGUGACGGCCGUGCUCACCAUGUACCAAAGCCAGGUCACCCCAGCCCACCGGAGCCGUCUGGCCGCCGCUCUGGAUUGGAGCAACGCGGCUCUGAAGAAAUCGCUGCAGGCUGUGCUGGAAGGAGCCAGGUGAACACCAAAGGGGACCGCAAGGCGAUGGCUUCCUUGGCUGGAAGAUGCACGUUAGGUGGUGGUAGCUGCAGCCCAGUUCCUUACUGGGGUUGGUUCACCGCCAGCGUGAUGGAGACCCAGUGAGCGUGAGCUGCAGCACGCAGGGCACCAGUGCUUCACCCUACGCUCGGCUGGCCAGGUUUGAGGCACGCUGUCACUAGGUGAUGCCAUCCUGGCCCCACACACGCCCUGAGGCUUGAAGAUGAGGGUUUUCUCGCUUAAACAAUGAAUACGCUUUCAGUCAGCUCCGUGUCUGGUGUCUCUCUGGGCUGUCCCAGGUCUGCAGCCAUGGGCACCUCGCCACGCUCAAGAUGGCGCCUCCUUUCCCCCUGCCACGCUCAAGAUGGCGCCUCCUUUCCCCCUGCCACGCUCAAGAUGGCGC